AGAAAAAGAGGAGCAACAUUUCCUAUCUUAUCCUAAGUAGUAAUCUUAUAAGCACUGCUUAGUGCUUAAUAUAUAUUCGUCAUAUAUAUUAUAUCUUUGAUGCCUCAUGCUAGGUAGCUCUAUAUUUUCCCACAAUAGUAACAACAUUUCUAUCAAGAACAAUCUAUUAGUUUUACGUAAUAAUCAAAGAAAAAUCGUAAACAUGCAGAAUCAGAUGAAAGAUUACAAUCAAAUGCAGCACUGCGAGAGUAUGAAUCUAAAGGAGAAGAAAGUGAAGGAUUUAAUGGUGAAUAAGAAGAGACUAGUGGAAGUACCAUACACAGCUUCACUUGGACAAACAAUGAACACACUUGUAGCAAACAAGGUAGUGGCGGUUCCGGUGGCUGCACCGCCAGGUCAGUGGAUUGGAGCAGGAGGGUCUAUGAUUGUGGAGUCUGAUAAACAAACAGGAGCUGUAAGGAAGCAUUACAUAGGGAUGGUUACUAUGCUUGAUAUUGUUGCUCAUAUAGCUGGUGAUGAUCAUUUGAGUGGUGGUGAUGAUGUUGAAGAAGAUCUUGAUCAAAGGAUGUCUGUUCCUGUUUCUUCUAUCAUUGGUCACUCCUUUGAAGGCCUUAGCUUGUGGACUCUUAAUCCAAAUACCAGUCUGUUAGAUUGCAUGGAAGUGUUGAGCAAAGGGGUACAUCGCGCUAUGAUACCUACCGACAGCCAAAUAGAGAACGUCUCAGCUGGAGUUGAACUCAUUGAAUCUUCUUCAAGCUACCAAAUGCUGACUCAAAUGGACGUGCUUCGGUUCUUGAAAGAUCACGGCAAUGAACUACAAAGCACUCUGCAUUCACAUUCCGUUCAAGAUUUGGGAGCGAUCACCGAAAGGAUUUACGCCAUCACCGAACGCACAAAACUCAUCGAUGCCAUCAAGUGCUUGAAAGCUGCUAUGUUAAAUGCACUUCCAAUUGUUAGAGCCUCUGAUGUUGGCGAUGAUGAUCACAAGCAACAUAUCAAUGGGAGAUGCAGGAAACUUGUUGGAACAUUUUCUGCAACUGAUUUAAGGGGAUGCUAUAUAAACACAUUGAAAUCAUGGUUAGGAAUAAGUGCACUUGCAUUCACUGAACAAAUUGCAACUAGUCCUUUGUACACAACAUCAGAUACACAGAAUGAUAUUGGUACUCCUAAAAGGGAGCUUGUGACAUGCUAUGCUGAAUCAACUUUGUCCGAGGUAAUCGACAAGGCGGUCGCAAACCAUGUUCAUCGAGUUUGGGUGGUUGAUCAAGAGGGUUUGCUUGUUGGUGUUGUGUCUCUCACUGAUGUAAUCAGAGUUAUAAGGCAAUCUAUGUUAUCAGAUGCAGAUGCAUGAAUGUGUACGAUACAAGCAACAAUGUGUGCUAUCUUGGAGAAAAUAUUGCAGCUAUAUGAUCAAUGUUUUGUUUAGUCAAUAUGUACAGUCUAUAAUGUUGUUUUAAUACUUGACUAAAUAUGAAAUGCUAGCAGGUUUUUGUUAAUACAAUUAUCAGUUUUUCUUUACUGAAGCAUCAUAGAUGGAACUUUCAAAUUAUA